CAUUACUUCUUCACUUAGAGGGAAAACAUUUUCUCACUUACAUUUCCUAUUUUACCCUUCUUCUUCCUUCAAAUCUCCCAUUCUUUGCCAUUUCACACAGAUGUCUUCUUGAGUGGAGCAAUGAAGACGACGAAGAUGAUGAAGAAGACGUCUCAGAUCUUUGUUCUUCUUUUUACCUUCUUCUUCUUCUUCACAAGCCUCACUCACUCUCUUUCACUCACUUUCAAUGGCGAUCUCUCCGACAACAAAGUCCGGCUAAUCACUCAACGUCAGCUUCUCUACUUCCGCGACGAGUUCGGCGACCGCGGCGAGAAUGUCGUCGUUGAUCCAUCUCUCGUCUUCGAGAAUCCACGUCUCCGAAAUGCUUACAUUGCUCUACAAGCUUGGAAACAAGCUAUUCUCUCUGAUCCAAACAACUUCACAACAAACUGGAUCGGUUCUGAUGUUUGCAGUUACACCGGAGUUUACUGUGCUCCGGCGUUAGAUAAUCGCCGGAUCCGUACCGUCGCCGGGAUAGAUCUCAAUCACGCUGAUAUUGCUGGUUAUUUGCCUCAAGAGCUUGGUUUGUUAACAGAUCUAGCUUUGUUUCAUGUUAAUUCAAACCGGUUUUGUGGAACCGUACCGCAUCGGUUUAAUCGGCUUAAGCUACUAUUCGAGCUUGAUCUCAGUAAUAACCGGUUCGCCGGAAUAUUCCCCACUGUUGUACUCCAGUUGCCGUCGUUGAAGUUUCUGGAUCUAAGGUUUAACGAGUUCGAAGGACCUGUACCAAGAGAGCUCUUUAGCAAAGAUCUUGAUGCGAUUUUCAUUAACCAUAACCGGUUCCGGUUUGAGUUACCGGAUAAUUUGGGAGAUUCCCCGGUUUCCGUUAUCGUUGUGGCGAAUAAUCAUUUCCACGGUUGUAUUCCGACGAGUUUGGGUGAUAUGAAGAAUCUUGAAGAGAUCAUUUUUAUGAACAAUGGGUUUAAUUCUUGUUUACCGCCGCAGAUCGGACGGUUGAAAAACGUAACGGUUUUUGAUUUCAGUUUUAACGAACUGGUUGGGUCGUUACCGGUGAGUAUUGGCGGGAUGGUUUCGUUGGAGCAGUUAAAUGUGGCGCAUAAUAGAUUCUCUGGUAAGAUUCCGGCGAGUAUUUGUCAGUUGCCGAGGUUGGAGAAUUUUACUUUCAGUUACAAUUUCUUCACCGGCGAGCCGCCGGUUUGUCUCGGCUUGCCUGGGUUUGAUGAUCGGCGGAAUUGUUUGCCGGCGAGACCUGCGCAGAGAUCUCCAGGGCAAUGUGCGGCUUUCUCUUCUCUUCCGCCGGUGGAUUGUGGUUCAUUUGGAUGUGGCCGUUCUACUCGGCCUCCAGUUGUUGUCCCGUCACCGCCGACAACUCCGUCUCCAGGUGGUUCUCCUCCUUCGCCGUCUAUUAUCCCGUCUCCUCCGAUCACUGUCCCGUCACCGCCGACAACACCAUCUCCUGGUGGUUCCCCUCCUUCACCGUCUAUUGUCCCGUCACCUCCGUCAACUACACCAUCUCCUGGUGGUUCUCCUCCUUCACCGUCUAUUGUCCCGUCACCUCCGUCAACUACACCAUCUCCAGGUGUUUCUCCUCCUUCACCGUCUAUUUCUCCUAGUCCUCCGAUCACUGUCCCGUCUCCUCCUUCUACGCCAUCUAGUCCUCCAAUCAUUGUCCCGUCUCCCCCAUCAACUCCGCCAACUCCGAUAUCACCUGGUCAACAUUCACCGCCUGUUAUUCCUAGUCCACCGUUCACAGGCCCUUCUCCGCCAUCGUCACCUGGUCCUCCUUCACCGCCUAUUAUCCCCAGUCCGCCAGGUUUAGGCCCGUCAUCACCAUAUCCUGGUCCUCCUUUACCGCCUGUUAUUCCUAGUCCUCCCGUUGUAACUCCGCCGUCAUCACCUACUCCGGCUUACUCUCCUCCACCGCCGCCUACAGGUUACUCUCCUCCAUCACCACCUUACUCACCUUCCCCAUCACCACCUCCACCAUACUCUCCUUCCACAUCACCGUCACCACCUCCUCCGCCUCCGACAUACUCUCCGUUCCCAUCGCCGCCACCUCCUCCGCCGCAAACAUACUAUCCACCGCAGCCAUCACCACCAACACCACCGCAAACUCCAAUUUACUACACUCCCCCUCCUUCACCUCCACCUCCACCUCACUCGCCGUCAUCGCCUCAAUUUUCACCACCACCACCAGUCCCCUACUACUACAGCUCACCACCACCACCGCCACAUUACUCAUUACCACCACCACCACCUGCUUAUCACUAUAUAUCCCCACCACCUCCACCAACGCCACUACACACCCCUCCGUUACCAUCACCUCCACCGUGCAUAGAAUACUCACCGCCUCCACCUCCAACAGUCCAUUACAAUCCUCCACCACCACCGGAGCAUUACAGUCCUCCACCAUCACCACCGGUUUACUACUACAAUUCACCUCCACCACCACCGGCUGUCCACUACAGCCCACCACCUCCACCGGUAAUUCACUACAGCCCACCACCACCAACUCCAAUCUACGAAGGACCAUUACCGCCGAUUCCCGGAAUAUCAUACGCUUCUCCUCCGCCGCCUCCCUUCUAUUGAUUCUUUUUCAGAAUGUUCUCAAAAGGGUCCCACCACUUAUGCCAAAACCCGAAGCCGAAACGGUGUCGUGUCGUAUCAAUGUCAAUAACUCUUAUCAGAUUGA